AUGAGUAAAUAACAAAAAAAAAACAAUAAAAAAAAUCAUUCAGGUGAAGAUUUGAACAAAAAAAAAAUAGCUAAAAUAUAUGAUGACAAUCUAGUUAAAAAUGAUGAGGAGGACUAAGAUUUUGAAAUGGAUUCUAAAAUUGAGGAGGAUGAUGAAAUUGAGUAAGACGGUGAAUAGACAUCUUAACAUUCUAGUAUAGAUAUUAAUGCAUAUUUAUAACAGAGAAACUAAAUUCCUGAUACAGAUGAAGAUGAAGAAGAUGUUUAAUAAAAUUAAAAGUAGCAAUCAACAAAAAAAAAUAAUAAGACUCAAAAAUCUAAGAAAAAAAUUUAAUAAAAAGAUUUUGAGGACGAGGAUGAUGAUAGUAGUAGUGAAGAAGAUGAGAUUGAUGAUGAAGAUGUUGAAGAACCAAAACCUAAAAAAAGAGUUUAAAUAUAAUAAAUCAAAAAAAAACAAAUAGUUAAAAAGUCAAAAUGA